ACAGUGCAAUGCAACAGACAACACUAAGGUCUCCUGUAUUAUUCCGUUUUUUGUCAUUUAAAAAAAUGUUACGUGUAUUAGCAAUCCUGUCUGUGAGCUACACGGAAAUGCAGCGACUGCCGCGGCUAGAAAUUGCGGAAUAUGAGACACAUCACCUCAUUGAGCCGGAUGAUUUGUGCCUUGAACUGUUCUUGAAAUGUUCCUCAAGAGAAGAGACCUUCGAAAAUUAAGGGGAUAAUCGCAAUGACGGGCCUGCAGUGGGGUUACGGAGAAGACAAUGGUCCAUCAGAGUGGCACAUUGAUUUUCCAAUUGCCCAAGGCAGUCGGCAGUCUCCCAUAAACAUUGUCACCUCUGAUGCUGUGUAUGAUCCUGACCUGUUGCCUUUAUCCAUUUGCUAUGAUAGCUGCACCUCCCUAAGCAUUUUCAAUGAUGGGCAUUCAGUUAUUGUUGAAUUUGAUGAUGUUGACAGCAAAACAGAACUGACGCCGCGCUUCCAGUUUCUGUGGAUGCAUUUUUUUAAAGCCCUUCCGUGCUGUCGCAAGUAUUUGUCAGGCCUGUUUAAACGUCAGACAUCAACUCGGCAGCCAGGUGUGAUCCAGUCAGGUCCCCUGCAAGUACCAUAUAGGCUAAAACAAUGCCAUUUCCAUUGGGGUGGUAAGAAUACACAUGGCUCGGAGCACACUGUGAAUGGCAAAUCCUAUGCCUCAGAGCUGCAUUUGGUUCAUUGGAAUGCUGUAAAAUAUAAAACUUUUGCUGAGGCAGCUGCUGCUCCAGAUGGACUCGCUGUGAUUGGCAUCUUCAUUGAGACUGGUGAUGAUCAUCCAGGUUUGCAUCAGCUAACAGAUGCAUUUUACAUGGUGAAGUUUAAGGGCUCAAAAGCAGUCUUUCCUGGCUUUAAUCCUAAAAGCCUCCUUCCAAAGAGCCUUCAUUACUGGACUUACCCUGGUUCCCUUACUACACCACCUCUGUAUGAGAAUGUCAUAUGGAUUGUCCUCAAAGAACCAAUCAAAAUUUCACAAAAGCAGAUGCAUAGGUUUAGACUGCUUCUUUUCAGCAGUGAAGAUGAGGAUCGACUUCCCAUGAUAGAUAACUUUCGGCCUCCACAACCACUGAAAGGCAGGAAGGUGCGAGCAUCAUUCUGUGAAUAAGGACAAGCCCAGGCAAUGACUUUGUCAAAUGUAUUCUGAAGGACUGUGAUUCAAGUGUAUUCUGUUUUCAUAGCUCACAGUAAAUCUCCCCAGAAUGCUGAAGCUGAAGGCUAAAUUCAAACUCCUGGAAGUCAAACAGAAUAGAUUUCUUUAAUAGAGCCAGAAAAAGAAACACUGCUGAAAAUAGCCAUUUUGGAUCUUUAUAGAACACAUAGAAAACAAGCUCUGGUCUCUUUGACAGGACUACUUUUCUCAAAUUAUUUUCUUGAGAUUAAUUUAUCUCGUGAGUGCUGUUAGCAUGAUUACAUUAUAAAUAGAACUGUUAAUUAAAUGUGUAAAAAAAGCCAAAUGAAAAGAACAGAAUGUGUUUGGGGGUUACAAUGAUAGAGCCUAGGUAAUUAUUGGUUUUAAGAAAUACAUUUGCUGUACAGAUUCAUCCCAAAGCUAUUAUCUGUAGUUUACUGGAUGUUUAAAGGCAUACAUAAUAGAGUGAUUCACAUGGGGAUUCUAAGCAGUGUGGGUGCACUAAUGUUUAUGUGGGUCUGUUUAAUAUGCAAUAGCUGAGUGUUCAUUUUUUUCCUGUUGCACUGUUGAAAGGUGCUAAAAACUGAACAUCAUUUCCAUAAGGGGCUUGGGAACAAAUAACUCAUUCGUUGUUUAGUGGGCAUUUAUUUGAUAACAACAGUUAUACAUAUUAGCAUGAAGUAGGACAGAACAGGUGGUAUUUUUUACUUCUAGUUAUCAAUAUUUAUUAUUGAGUCAGUGUGGACAAACUUAUUUAAACGAGUUCAAGGGGAAUUACUGUUGCAUACAUUCAUUUGACUAAUGUUAACAGAAUCCAUAAUGUAUGACUGUUAUGGCUGUCUCCGUAUGCUAAAACUAAAUAAAAGAUUACAUUUGAUUGCUAGGACUGAUGCAAUAAAGAAAUGUGAUACACAAUAAUUAUCAACCAGUGAAGAUGAUCCCUACAUGAGCCAAUGUUUGUGCGUGAUAGAUGUGAUUAUUAUUUAAAGAAGUGGCUAACUGGUGUGGCUAAAGCCAUGGGCACACACCAGAACCAGAAAUGACCAUGAAUUAAAGGCAAAAUACAAAUAAGGGAUCUGUGUGUUACACCUCAUCUGGUACAUUAGUGCUGUAUAUUUGAAAUCCAGCUAAUAUACUUCAAUAAUUUCUUGCUGCUCUAUUGACUAUUCAUUCCAAUACCACAUUUAAAUGAUUUCAAUUGAUCAAUAUGAAAAACUUUGCUUAGGUGAACUGUGGUGGGGACUGUAGUUUGUGGUGUUAUGAACAUACAGUUUGUUUGCCUAUAAGAAGGACUCUUCUAGUGCUUGUUCCACCAAAUAUACCUCUUUUGAGUAAUUCUUGCACUACACACUAUGGGAAACAUUACUAUUAGGAAUGGCAUUCUGCAUAUUCAGUAGAGCAGUCAAGUACUAAUAUUGUUGGAAGGUUUAAUUAUGACAAAAUUAACCACUGGGUAGUAUGCUUUGUAACAUUUGUUAAUGUGCCAUUGCUGCAGCUGAAUUAGUCAAGUUCCAGUCUCCUAGUUUAUUCGUUGACAAUCACAGCCUGGUAGGAAAGCAUGGCUCACUGCUAAGUAAAUCUGUGAACUGUUAGUUUCAGGGCCUUAACCCUUGGGGUGAUUCAGACAUUACAGACAUGUUCUAGCAACAUUUGAAUCAGAAACUUUAUAAAGUAAAGAAUAGGAUGAUAUGUGUAUGACAUAAAACAUCCUCUAGCUGAUUUGUAGAAAAACAUGUUCCCUUAUUGUUACUCUGCUGGUGUGUGGUGGAAAUCACUGCAGCCUACAGUCACAUACAGAAAUGUAUAUAAAUAGUCCUACUGUUCCUUUAAUAGUAAAAGCGGAAUUGUAAAAAAGGUGCCCCGUCUACUGUUAAGAUUUGCCAAUAGUCCUAAUGUGUAAAAUUAAGCAUAAUUAAGGCAUCAUGGAAUACGCAAAGACCACAAUGCUCCUUUUUAAUUAUAUACUUAUUUUAAAGGGCUCAUUAAAUUAUUUGAGUCAUCUGCAAUUUGUGAGCUCUGCUGAGAUAUUAGAGUCAUUACCAAAACCUGAAACAUUUUUCUAAAUGCCUAUGUGUUAGCCAUCUUCGUAAUAUAAAGAAAACUGGUGAACCAUUUGCUUUAACUGGCUUUUGCCUGUAGUUUGUUUUUACAUAGCACCUUCAAUGUUGUUCUCUUUUGAAGAUCUUGAUGUUCUAUAAUGCUGCUUCUUUAAAUCAUACAUGUAAAUUCAAGAACCCAUAAUAACAGCGUCUUGACAGUGCCAGUUGAGAAACUAAAACCUUGGCCCAUAUUUCAAGUAGUUUCAGCAUUAUAUGUCAUGAAAGACAAAAGAUGAACAUGAAGCUAACUCAUAAUUUCACGAGUCGAAAUGUGCUCCUGUCUUUUUGAUGUAAGUAAUAACAUUGUUUACUACAGCUCACUGCCAUAAACACUUUUAAUUUUUACACAUACAAAUAGAUGUUCUCAUUUGUUGUUUUGUUUUGUAAGUGGAUGACUGAUUUAAGAUAAGUCCGAGCACCUAUUUAUUCCCGGUUGAUUUCCUUUUUUUUGUGCUCUGUUUGUUUUUUCUUUGUUAAAGUGAUAAAACUGAAAAUUUCACAGGAGUAUUCUGGGCAUUACAUAUUUUAGUAUAGUUUCUGGGUAUUUUUUAUUUUUAUUUUGGCAGUUUUUAAAUCUUCAUGAAAUGUAAGAAAACAAAUGUCUAUUUUUUUAUUUUUGUCAGCUUUUUUAUUUUCAUUAGGAGCAAAAAAAUCUUUCAAUGUAUUUAAAAGCAAUUCUGAAAGUAUAACCAUAAUAAAAUAUAUUUAACAAGCA